AUGGGCGAUCAACAACCACGGACAAAGAUUCAGGCUCAUCAUGUGCAUUCUUUGCUGUAUGUCCAUUCAGGGAAAGAGAAACCGGACAGUAUACCAGCAUUAACAGAAGUACCCUCAUCAGCAUCAGACGGGGGGGUCCAACCUACAGAUCCGAAGGUAACACAGUCCACAGCGCACGCAUCGCCACCCGUAAAAACGAUACAAGGAAUAGGCGAUCUCGCAGGCAAGGCCACUGAGGAUGUAACACGGGCCCCAACAUCCCAGGAACAUGGUGAACGUUCAGGUGCCCGUGAUAAGGGUGACCCCGGUGAAGAUGUUGAACCCGCUCAACCUCAGGUUCCCAGUGAGUCCACUGGACCAUCUGAGAGUAAGCAGAAAGAGGAUUCUGCUGAAGACAACACUAUGUUCAAAUUCGUAGCAUUAGGUGACCCACCUAAGUGGACUUAUCCCUGGGACUCGCUGCAACCGCAGAAACCUUUCACAUCAGAAACGACAUCAAUAAGCUCAGUAUCCCAACCUACACCACAGGGUCCACUUCCUUUACCCGAUCACAGUGGACGAGAACCCGAUUCUGCUCGCCCCGGUCUCUGCCUGAAUGACGCUGGCAUAUUUAAAGAUGGUAACCCUGGUGGUGGAAUGGCGCCACCGACCUUAGAUACGGGAACUUCUAAGAAUCCUAUUGAAUACCCCGGCACACCGAGGAAUCCGAAUAGUGGUCCCCAUGCACCCGACCUAACCGGUGUUGUCCUUACCGCCACUACUCCCGUGCUGUUUUUUCUCGCUUCCGUCACCGUCGCCCUACUGGGUUAUUCCCUUUGGAAGAAAGAAAAAGAAAGAAACAACAAGAGUAAUUUUAAGAAACAAAAACCUACUACAGAUUAA